GAGCACAUCAUGAACAGUCAACGGUUCAUCAGAGCCUGAAACUCCAAGUCGAAAACCAAAUGCUGAGCGAGAGCAGAGCUCGGGGACAUGGAUCAGGAAGGCUGAAGCAGAUCAGCGACAAGCGCUUAAAGUGGGGUCCAAGGCCGUCAAACCCUGUCCCAAAGAUCUUGUCUCCGCAGGGCUGAGAAUCUGAUGGAGGGGCGGCCCACAUAAAAGUCGCGAGCCAGUUCAGUUAUCGCUGCCACAACCAAGUGUCAUCCAAAACUUUCGAACCCCAUUUUACCUUGUCGCAUUGCAAAUUCAAUCUUGCGUCUGCCAGGAAAUUCUGGCAUAUCCACAAACUACACGCCUAUUGCCGUGGUCGUAACGCAAUUAGCCAUGGCGAGCACCAAGAUGGCGGAUGACUCCGCCAAGCUCCAGAUUCUCAAAGACGCCCUGUACGAGGAAAUCAGGCAACACGGCUCCGAGACGCGACUAUUCACACAAAGGGACCUCCUCGAUCUCAACAUCAUCCCCAACAACGAUCUUCUGCUCCUUGUACGCGUCGUCCAGGGGCUCACCGAUGAUAAGCUCCUGGUCGGCACAACAAACCACCAUGCCGGGCUCGCAUGGAGAUGGCGCAGCAGGGAGGAGGCGAAGAAGUACACCUCCUUGCCCAACGACGAGACGGUCAUGGUUUACUCGAUCAUCGACGAGGCCGGUGCCGACGGCAUCUGGAACCGGACGAUCAAGAAUAAGCUCAACAUGCACGAGGCGGUAGUCAAGAACUGUAUCAAGUUUCUCGAAUCGAAGGGCUACAUUGCGAGCAUGAAAAAUGUCGAGCACCCGAACAAGAAAAUGUACAUCAAGGCGACCCUUCGCCCCUCUGAGCGCGCAACAGGCGGCCCAUGGUUCACCGACGGCGAACUCGACACGGCAUUCAUCAGCGAGCUCGAGGGCAUCGUGUUCGAGUACAUCAAGACGAGGAGCGCAUACCGGAGUUCUCAAGUACAGCCUACUGCGUUUUCCUCAGGGGGAACUGCCAAACCCCCCAAAAAGGGCGCCGUCACCGCAGACAGCACAACCGCCCGCGGCACAAAACGCUCUGCAACCGAUAUCUCCACCGACGACACCUCAGCCCCCGCACGCGGCGGCAGCGCCAAAAGCCGCCACGUCUUUCUCCCCAUGCCCGCAGGUUACAGGCACUACCCCACGGUCGCCGAGAUCGCCAAAUUCAUCCACGACACAGGGAUAACCAACAACACGACGCUCGGCGAAGCCGACAUCCAGCAGCUUGUCGACGUGCUCACCUACGACGGGCUGAUCGAGCCGGUUCGCGUGGGCCGGCGGCGCGGGUACCGCGUGACGCGCGCCAUGAAGCAGGAUACGGUGCCUUUCCAGAAGCGGGCAAAGGAGCGCGAGGCUGGCAUCGGGCUGGACCAGCCGCUCGCGCCGGGGCCGGAACCGCUCAGCAACGGGCUGACCGAAGCCCCCUGCGGGCGGUGUCCCGUAUUUGAGCUGUGUGAAGAAGGAGGGCCUGUCAGUCCGAGCAAUUGCGUUUACUUUUUGCAGUGGUUGGACGUCGAAGAUUUACCAAAGGCCGUUGCGCCCAAUGUGGCUCUCCCCCCAUGAAGGUGCCUGAGCCAGCGAGCAUGGAGGGGGAUUUUUCGUGUGGUCAGAAACCUCGAUUAUACCCAACCCUGUACUCUUAGAUCAUCAACCCGGUUCUGCGUGGCUUAGAGUUCCGCGUCUGAAUUGGAUCCUGCGCCCUCAUGGAGAAAUCCAGAGACAUCACAUGAA